UGGAAGCCGAAGGCAGAGGCAGGAGGUGGGAAGACCCUUCCUGGCUUUCCAGCCCCACAGAACAGCCCCAUUCUGGUCUGAUUGAUUACCUUUGGACAGAGUGGAGGCUGUGUCCCACAGACUCUGGCAUCAUGAACAUAUUUGAUCGGAAGAUCAACUUUGAUGCGCUCUUAAAAUUUUCCCACAUAACCCCCUCGACACAGCAGCACCUGAAGAAGGUCUAUGCCAGUUUUGCCCUCUGUAUGUUUGUGGCGGCUGCGGGGGCCUAUGUCCAUGUGGUCACUCAUUUCCUUCAGGCUGGCCUACUCUCUGCCUUGGGCUCUCUGGGGUUGAUGAUUUGGCUGAUGGCAACACCUCAUAGCCGUGAAACUGAGCAAAAAAGACUGGGACUUCUUGCUGGAUUUGCUUUCCUUACAGGAGUUGGCCUGGGCCCUGCUCUGGAGUUGUGCAUUGCCAUCAAUCCCAGCAUUCUUCCCACCGCCUUCAUGGGCACAGCAAUGAUCUUCACCUGCUUCACCCUGAGUGCACUCUAUGCCAGGCGCCGCAGCUACCUCUUUCUGGGAGGUGUCUUGAUGUCAGCCAUGAGCCUGAUGCUCUUGUCUUCCCUGGGGAAUCUUUUCUUUGGAUCCAUUUGGCUUUUCCAGGCAAACCUGUAUGUGGGGCUGGUGGUCAUGUGUGGCUUCGUCCUUUUUGAUACUCAACUCAUUAUUGAAAAAGCUGAAAAUGGAGAUAAGGAUUAUAUCUGGCACUGCGUUGACCUCUUCUUAGAUUUCAUUACUCUCUUCAGAAAACUUAUGAUGAUCCUGGCCAUGAAUGAGAAGAUCUUACUAGGAAACAGGAGACAGUGUGAUGCUGGUGGAAACAGAUGAGUAGGUGGGAUUGGUGGCUCUGUCUUAUUUGUGUGGCGACUAGACUGAGCUCCAAGCAGGUUUUAGGCAAAGCAACUCAACUUUCAUUUGUUUAAUACACUAGGCUUCCACCGAGGAUUGAAUGACGUGUUCACUGGACUAGAUCAUUUCUGGGCGUUGGUUUGUGCCCAGGAUUUAUGCUUCUCUGGCUUAAUGGAAAGUUGGUCUUGGCCUCUUGUUGGAGUUAUUUUGGGGUGGACUGCCAGUCUGCAGCUUUCACUGGAUGAGAUCCGAGCUGUGGUAGUUAUGAGUAAGCCAGGAGUGGUCAGGUGGCCCAGCUGGGUGCUCUUGGAGUGGAAGUGGGGACAGCUGCUUAACUUUUACUCCUGUCAGGUCUGUCAGCAACUUGAGGGACCACCAGUGGAAGAUGGUUAAGAUCCAGUUCCUCCCUCACGGAGGAAGCAUUUCUCCUCUCUUUUUAUGGUCUUGUUCCCUUCCAGUCUCUAACCGAAGGUAGCCAGGUAUUGGCUCCCUCAAGAGUUUUAGCUUGAAUGCCAGAUGCCGAAAAUUAAUUGGGCGAUUUUUCUCCAUUUCUAGGACAAGAAGAAAGAGAAGAAGUGAAAUGACCUUCCAGCCUUGUCCAGUUUGACCUCCUGU